AUGCCUUGUUCGACUGUGUCUCGGCUGCUUCUCAAGGGACUCGAGAGACUUUCUCUGAGACCCAAAAGGAGCUUCUCAUCAUCUUCCGCAACCACUCCGUAUUUGACGCUGGGGACUAAACUUAAGCAAGAUUUGCCUGACGGUAGCGAAAUCAGAGAUGUCCUCUACUUCGAUCCGAGCAACGAAGAUGAGAUGGUUACAGUUGCAGACAAAACAUUCCCCAAAGAGCUCGUUACCUCGAGACAGAUUGGGAGUUGUCUUGGGUGGGGAGUGUUCUAUAACGAAGGCUGUUUACAUCUGAGCGAAAGUGCUUUUAUAUGA